GCUAAAAUAUCCGCUUUUUAUACUAUAUACUUUGAUCAUCUAGGUAAGAAUUGGUAUUGGCGUCUGAUUCUGAUCAAACUGUUGAUUUUGGAACGAUAAUAAUGGAUUCUACACCAAAUGACGAACUCAAGGGACGGAAUUACGCUAUCGUAAGAUAUAAGCCAAAAGCAGCGAAUGCGUCUGAUGACCCAGUACCUGAUUAUAUGAAUUUGCUAGCUAUGAUAUUCAGCAUGUGUGGUUUAAUGCUAAAGAUUAAAUGGUGUGCCUGGUGUGCGGUAUUUUGUUCACUCAUAAGCUUUGCUAAUUCUCGUUCUUCAGAAGACAGCAGACAAGUUUUAAGCAGCUUCAUGCUCUCUGUAUCUGCCGUUGUGAUGACAUAUCUUCAAAACCCAGCACCUAUGGUUACACCAUGGUGACACACAUUUGCUUGUUGUGCCCAUUCAAUAAAUGUGCAACAUCUCAUUUUUCGUUACUGUACAUUGAAAGAGUACAGACCAAAGUUUAUCAAGAUCUUGUGUAAUUGUUCGUUUUCUAUCACAUAAUAAAUGUACUUUGCUGCGUUAGAUAAAUUGCAAAUAAAUAGUUGAUGAUCGUUUAUUUAUUUUAAA